AUGCCAACGUCCCUUUGGUCUGCUACGGCGAUCGAUGGGCCUUCGCUACAGCCUCUGGAUCGAAACGAGGUGGCGGACGUCAUUGUCGUGGGGGCCGGGUUUACGGGUCUUAGCGCAGCUAUUCACCUGGCUGAGGCGGGUCUUUCCUGCAUUGUCCUGGAUGCCGCUGAGCCAGGUUGGGGGGCUUCUGGACGCAACAACGGUCAGGUGAUAGCGGGUCUUAAACAAGAUCCCGACAUCAUCGAGCAGGUGUACCCGGGCGAGCAGGGUCGAAAACUCGUUCAGUUCGGUAGCGAAGCUCCGGCACAAGUCUGGGAUCUGAUCGAUCGUUAUCAGAUCGAUUGCGCACCGAAUCAUCGCGGUUGGAUUCAGCCCGCUUUUACCCGCGCUGGGUUUGCGGCAGUCAAGGCGCGUUGUGAGACCUGGCGGCAGCGCGGCAUCGAUACCCGAUUGCUUGAGGGCGCUGAGUUGCAUCAGCUUCUUGGCACGCGCAAAUACAGUUUGGGUUGGCUUGACCCUCGCGGCGGGUCGAUUCAGCCGCUGAGUUAUGCGCGUGGCCUGGCCAGCGUUGCAGUCUCGUUGGGUGUUCGUAUUUAUGCCCCGUCAAAAGUCGACGGCUUGAAUCGCACCGAGAACGGGUGGCGUGCUGCCUGCGGUCAAUUUCAGGUCAAGGGCCGUCAUGUGCUUGUGGCAACGGGUGCUUACGCUGAACGACUGGUGCCGAAGUUGCGCACGUCCUUUGUGCCGGUACGGACGGCUCAGGUUGCGACGCGCCCACUGCCUGAUGCCAUGCUUGCUGACCUCUUUCCGACUGUCACCCGAUGGCCGCCUGGUGAUGGGGGAUCUGGCGCUACCGCUGGCCUUGACCAUUCGGCGAUCGUGCCUUACCUGCACAAGGCCGGGGAGGAACUCUUCGGUCAUCUUGGGCGCAUUGAGUGGGAUUUCCAAUGGAGUGGUUUCUUCGCAGUCACCACCGACCAUCUGCCCCAUGUUCACGAGCCUGAGACCAACCUGCAUGUUUCUGUCGGCUGUAACGGCCGCGGCAUCGCGGUCUCUACGUCGUUGGGCAUUCAGUUGGCCAAGCGAAUUCUGGGCAUGUCCGAGCAGGAGCUUCCUGUUCCGGUUUCGUCCAUUGGAACUGUCCAUUUCCAUUUGUUCCGAGGGCUCGGGGUGAAGGCAGCGACGAUGUACAAGCGAUUGCAGGAUCGUAUGGAG